AUGUGGAGCAGAGUGGAUGAUUUUAAGAGUAUCCAGAACAGUUUUAGGCAUGCCUGCGAACAAGGUGAUAACAUGGCCGGAUACGGGUGGGAGGAGUAUGAUGUCCGAACUGGAGGAAAUCAGGUUAUCCGCGAUCAGGGGAACAUGAUCGAUAUCCAGACUCAGUUCGUCAAAGUUGAAGGCGGAGAGCACGGUGGUCAUUGGGGUGUUCGUAUCAGUGGAACACCAAGAGAAGACGCGCCCGCUGACCUCAAAACUGCCCUUUGGUUCUAUGUUGGCCUUGAGGGAUUUGGAAGCGUCUCUCUAGUUAAUGAGCCCGAUGGAAGUGGGCUUGAGGGUGCAGUGCAGCUAGAAGGCUCUAUCCCGCGCCUUGGAAAUUUCAGAAUUGAUGUCACUUCUGGUCCGGAAACAAAUAAAGCUCCUAGAGUGAUUCACCCAGCUUAUUGGGCUGAGAAACCACUCGAUAGGACUUUAUACCACUCUGUUCAAGUCCCCGAGGAUCAGGUCUGGAAUGCGAAAGAAUUCUUAUUUGUGGCCCUUCGAGACAAUAUCGUGGAUUUGCAAGAAAGAUACGGCAAAGAAAAUCAUCCACCUCCAUGUCAGACCUUCACUGUCAAGAACAAAUUUGGGCCGGGAAAUUUGCAUUACAUUCAGAAGGUCUUCGAAGGCGCUUUUGAGUUCGACGUUCUUUAUACAUCAGCAUCUGCAUUGGAACCCAUGAGCUCCGAAAUACUCACUGAGACAAUCAAGUCUGUGAGCUCAUCAUUUCCUGAACGUUUCGAAAAGAUCUUCCCGCGCGAGGCACCUUUUGAUAAAUCAAAGUAUACCAAAUUUGCACAUUCUUUAUUUUCUAAUCUUUUGGGCGGUAUUGGGUACUUUCACGGCACCUCUGUCGUAGACCGCACAUACGCAAACGAAUAUGUGGAAGAAAAUGAGGGAUUCUGGGAAGAGGCUGCAGAAGCACAGAGACGCCCUGGUGCAGCGAAAUUAGAAGGCCCAACAGAGCUCUUCUCAAGCAUUCCCUCUCGCCCAUUUUUCCCAAGAGGAUUCCUAUGGGACGAAGGGUUUCACUUGAUUCCGAUCAGCGAUUGGGAUAUGGAUUUAACCCUAGAAAUUGUGAAGAGCUGGCUUUCCCUGGUAGAUGAGGAUGGUUGGAUUGGGCGAGAACAAAUCCUAGGAGAUGAAGCUAGAACCAAGGUGCCGGUGGAGUUUCAAACUCAAUACCCGCAUUAUGCAAACCCACCAACACUCUUCUUCAUACUAACAAAAUUUAUUGAUAAAUUGGAAGGAUUUCAGAGCCCGGAUGAAAUGCUUAGCCAAGAAUCCUUUGGGAAUAUGUUCUCAUCGGCUGACCUUCCCACGGCACAUUUGAAAAACUCGGAGGCCGCAUUGCAGUAUCUUCGGUCGAUUUAUCCACAACUACGUCGCCACUACUUUUGGUACCGUAAAACCCAAUCGGGUGACAUAAGAACAUGGGAUAGAGAGGCAUACUCUAUGAAAGAGGGUUACCGGUGGAGAGGCCGUACUCCGGAACAUUGCUUGACAUCGGGACUGGAUGAUUAUCCCCGUGCUCGUCCCCCCCACACAGGAGAACUCCAUGUUGAUCUACUAUCAUGGGUCGGCAUGAUGACGCGCUGUAUCAAGCGCAUAGCGGUGAAAAUUGGCGAGGCGGAAGAUGCCGCGGAAUUCGACGAAUUCGACUACGCUAUUACAAGAAACGUGGAUGAUCUACACUGGUCAGACAAGCACGGCACAUAUUGCGACGCCACCAUUGACGACUACGACGAGAGUGUGCAUGUGUGCCACAAGGGAUACAUUUCGAUCUUCCCGUUUUUAGUCGGUCUUAUGGACAAGGACUCGGAGAAAUUGGGAAAAGUCUUAGACUUGAUUGAGGACCCUGAGCAUAUAUGGAGUGAGCACGGGUUGAGAAGUUUGAGCAAAAGUGAUGAAUAUUUUGGAGCAGGAGAAAAUUACUGGAAAGGGCCUGUGUGGAUAAAUAUCAACUACCUUGCUAUUCAGAGAUUACAGGAGUACGGCUCUGUUUCCGGCCCGCAUCAAGCACAGGCAGCGAGAAUUUAUACCCGCCUAAGGAAGAAUGUGGUAGAAAACGUUUAUCGCGAAUGGGAAACCACGGGAUAUGCGUGGGAGCAGUACGACUCGGAAACUGGAAAGGGCCAGAGAACUGCACAUUUCUUGGGUUGGACAUCGCUUGUGGUCAAAAUCAUGAACAUGCCUGAGCACGUUGCAAUUACGCCCACUCCAGGUGUUACUCCAGACGUCACUCCAGAUGUCACUGCAGAUGCAGACGCAGAUCCUGAGAGCGCUUCCCCCGAGAAAACUUCCUCCGAGGGGUCUUCUGAUGCCACUUCUGGUGCUGAUCCUGAGGGAACCCCAGGUGUCAUUGCCCAUGCUGAUCUUGAGGAUACCUCUAAUGCCGAUCCUGAGGUUACUCUAGAUGAUAAUAGAGAUUCUAGUCAUGAUUCCAACAUCAGGGAUGAAUUGUAA